AUGCGCAAACGCCGCACCAUCCUCGUCGUCGGCGACUCCUUCUGCGACGUCAACGCCGGCCCACUGCCGCGCCUCCCAGAGUGGGGCCGCAACGUCGUCUCGCCAGAGCGGAUCCUAGCCCAGCCAGGCGGAGCCGCGCUCAACGUCGCCUGCAACCUGCAGCGGCUCCGAGGCGACACCGCUCUCUACUCGGGCAUCGGCCGCGAUGCGUUUGGCGACAUGCUGCGCGUCCACCUCGACUCGCUGGGCUUAACACUGGCCUGGGACGUAGCGGCGGACUCGGACGAGGACGCGCCGACCGGCGUCUGCAUGGUCCUCUCCGGCCCCGACGACCGCGCCUUCUGCUCCCACUUCGGCGUCUCGGACGCCUUCGACGCGUCCGCCCUCGUCGCCGACGGCGCCGCCUUGCUCCGGCGGUUGGGGCCUUGCCAUGUCCACUGCGCGGGCUACUUCUCCUGCGCGGCGCUGCGGAAGACUCUCCCUCGGCUGCUGCUGGCGGCGCGAGAGGUUGGCGCCACGACAAGCCUCGACACUAACAACGACGCGAGCGGACAGUGGGGCGCCGUGGACGGCCUGUGCGAUGCUCUCUUGCCGCCGCUAGACUUCUUCACGCCUCUGGCUCUCGAGGCGUGCGCCGUCGCGGGCGUGCCGGCCGGCGACGUCGAGGCCGCCCUCGCCCGGCUGUCGCGGCAGGCUGGCCUGCUCGCUUGCUUCGUCUCUGGAGCAGACCUGGCCGAGGCGGCGCAGUACGGCUGCCUCACCGGCGCUCUCUGCGUCACGACACGCGGCGCCUGCUCGGACCCUCCCGACGGGGCGCGUGUCGCCGCCUUCGCCGCGCAGCAUGGGCUCUCCUCGGUCGCUUCCGCCCUCCCGGCUUGCGGCGGCUCGAGCUCUGCUGCAGACGGCGACGGGCAGCAGCAGGAAGAGGGGCGGAGCGAGCGGGAGGAGCGGGCCGCUGUGCCUGCUGAUGACUGAUUGUUCCUAGUCCAUGGAUGGUUGAUAGUUGGUAGUAGGAGGGGUUCCUGUGGUGGACCUUUGCGCUGUUGUGGUUGGGAGGUACCUGGCCGUCUAGAGCAGAGGCAGCUGUCACGUUUGUUGAUGCUCGGUGAGU